CCAGUGUUUCUGUGGCCGUCGUCGUUCUAACCGGCAUUUUCGACGCGUCGUGUCUUUUGAGGUGCUAAUUCUCAGCAUCGGAUAUAGACUCGGUUUUGCUUUUGGUUUUGGUUUUGGUUUUGGUUUCGUUUUCGGUUUCAGUUUCGGUUUCAGCUUGAGCAAUAUUCAGCAAAGUCAGUUGGCUGACGACCGUGAUCGCGAUAACAACACUUUCACCCACCAGAACGGAUUGCAAUGGCCAAACCGCAGCACAUUUUGCAGCUGAGUGAGGAGCAGCGGAGCAGCUUCGUCGACUCCUUCGACCGGGUGCUCAGCGACAUCGAUGGCGUCCUGUGGACCUUGGAGCACAGUGUGCCGCGUGCCGCCGACGGAUACACUGCCCUCCAGCGGAUCGGCAAGCAGCUGACCUUCGUGACCAACAACAGUGUGCGCACGGUGGAGCAGUGCGUCCAGAAGUUCGCCAAGAUCGGCUUGCAGGUGCAGCCGGAGAAGAUUUGGCAUCCGGCCCAGUCCGUCGUCAGCUAUCUGCAGAGCAUCCAGUUCCAGGGCCUCAUCUACAUCAUCGCCAGCCAGCAGUUCAAGGCGGUGUUGCGCGAGGCGGGAUUCCAGCUCCUGGACGGGCCCAACGAAUUCAUCGAGGAGAGCUACGCGAGCCUGGCCCAGCACAUCUUUGGCAGGGAGCCGGUGCGCGCCGUCAUCAUCGACGUGGACUUCAACCUGACCUCCCCCAAGCUGCUGCGCGCCCAUCUGUACCUGCGCCAUCCGGACUGCCUGCUCAUCGAAGGCGCCACCGAUCGCCUGCUGCCGGUGGCCAAGGGGGUGAACAUCAUCGGUCCGGGUGCAUUCGCCUCCAUCCUGGUGGAGGCCAGUGGCAAGCCGGCCAUUACGCUGGGCAAACCUGGCCGCGAGUUGGGUGAGCUGAUUGUGGAGCAGUGCAAGAUCGAUCAGCCCAGUCGGGUGCUCAUGAUCGGCGACAUGCUGGCCCAGGAUGUGGGCUUUGGGCGGCAGUGCGGCUUCCAAACGCUGCUGGUGCUUAGCGGCGGAUGCACCAAGGAGCAGCUGCUGGCGGAAACGGAUCCGCAGCUCAUACCGGACUACUAUGCGGACUCCGUGGCCGACGUGGCCCAGCUGCUGGGUGAGGCGCCCAAGUCGCGUGUCUAGACGGCGUCCGGCGGCGGAGAUCGAACAAAGAUAUAUCCAUUAGCCGUAGCUGUAUUAUGGGACCUGGUUAACUGAUAUACACACGUAGUUUAUUAUUGCUAACGAGAUCGUAUUCUGUCCCUUAGCGAAAUUUGAAUCAUAGUAAGCUUGGAGUUCCAGGAAAAUGAAGCCACUCCAUGGAUGCAACCAUUUGGUCGUAAAAGAUUCAUAGAUGUGCAGUGAAUGUAUACAUAUAUAUUACGUAGUCUAGUUGAAACAAUCCACGAUAUAUAUUAUCUGAAAUAUACACAAAUUACUAAGAAAUUUAGGGAAACCUGAAUGUAAAG